AUGAAGUUCAUAGCAAAGGCACAAGCCAAGGCCUUGGCUGCAAAGAGUUACAAAAAGAUUGAGGUUGAGGUGGAUGUAGUGGAGCCACAGUUGGUGGUUGCAGGGAUGGAGCCAUUAGAGUUCACCAGUAUUUUCCCUACGUGGACGCCCAGACCUGAUGUGACUGCCAUUCAGGAGAAGGAGGGUCGGUGGAAUGAUGGCGGCCAGCACUCAGUGUCUGACAUCUUGGCCCAGCUCUCUCGCACCAACUACUCUUUAGCUGAGCUGACUACCAAGCCUCUGCCUGAUGGUGCUGAUCCCUUACAUCUGGAAGUUUAUCUUAGUAAUGAGGAAUUUGCUGAGGCACUUGGUAUGAGCAGGGACGAGUUUUACAGUCUUCAGAGCUGGAAACAAACUGAACUUAAGAAAAAAGCUAACCUUUUCUAAGAAUGCUGAACAAAAAAAAAAAAUGCCAUAUAUCUCUAGCAUUCUGGGUUAAUGCUCAUAAGUGAAUCUCAGAUUUUGAUUUUCUUUUUCAAGAAGUAGUCAUUUUAGUGAUUGAAUAUGGAAGAUAAAAAAAAAUGCUGAUAUGUUCAUAAUGAUUCAUCCUGAAUUGCCAGUAAAAGUAUGUUAGUCAAUACAGUAUAUAUAUUUUUAUCAUACAAUAGAGAAAUUAUUUGUUGUAUAUAAAAUUGUGUAUAAAGAAAAUCUGAUGCUCUUCAAUACAUCUCAAUAUGGUAAGGUGCUUUAAAUCUUCUAUGUGGUGUGACAAGGUGUGAAAUUUUUGCUAUUAUACCAUUCUGCUGUUCUUCCAUAUCAGUUACAAAAUAGCAUUAACUUUAUUUCUCUAUUUUGUGGAAAUGUUAUCAACACAAGCUGUGAGAUAGUCAAGAGGUCUAAGUCACAUUAGGCAUCUUCUUUGACUAGUGACAUUUGUAUUCAUUGGGAGUUUGGUGAGGGAGAAACAGGGUUCUUGGCUAAAAUGCCUCAUCCAUCCCUGCCUUUCCUGCUUCUUUCAUCUGCGGCGAUUGCUCUAUGUGCCUUUCCACAUGCUAACAUGUAUUUGUCUGCCAAAUUUUAGUGUCUUCUAAACAUUACAAUGUAGGAGCCCUGGAAACAGUCCAGUGCCACACCUACUUUCUAGAUAUCUCCAAGCAGCAGCCAUAUCCAGAAAUGGUCUGGCUUAUCCAUGCUUUGCCAGCCACAGCUAAGGGUGUCCUGGUAGAAUAUCAGUCCACCAGAUAUUAGUUUAAAGAUGCACAAGUCUUAGAUAUGGCAUUUUAAUCACUCUUGUGUUGCGUGACGUGAUGUUUGUGCCUUGUUCUUACCUUGGCUCUUCUUAGUGAAAGUUCCACAUGACUGCUGUGUGUUAGUCAAACCAACAUGAGUCUAGUCCCAGUCCUGGUUUAUGAGGGGUAUCGGGGUUGUGGGUCCCAAUUCUAGUAAAAAGUGGAAAAAGCAGUCUUGAAUGUGUCAUUUAGGCAUUUUGUACUUACAAGUACUUUUGAAAAAUAAAUCUAAAGGAAAUACAAACAACAAGCAUUGAAUUGGGAAUUUGGAUCUUGGUGAACAAGGUAUGGAGAUGAGCACGCCUCGACCUCCUUACAAGUCUUCGGUAAAUGAAAAGAUUCAUACCUGUAGUAUCCAUAGGCCAAUGGUGGGUUACUGUAUAUAAUGGAUGCAUUUGUAUCAUCUAUUUUAUGCUGAUCUUAAUGGAUAUUUCCAGUGUCUAUGCUAAUGCAACUAAUUAUACAAUGAUCAUGUAAAUACAAAGAGCCUCUUUUGUAAUUUUGCUACUUUAUGACGUGUACAGACUGUAUCCCAUUUAAGUGCCAGAUACGAGUGGAUCUUCUGGCACAGUUAAGCUUAUAGAAACUUGUAACGUUAGGUUAGUGAUUCUCAUGUGUGCAACUUGAUAGCUUGGUUUUGUGAUAUCUUUUCAUUGUGAAUAAAACCAAGUGAGAAAAUUGUUUUUCACUCUCAGUUCAACUGACCUUAAAAUUUUGGUUAAAUUGGAGGUCUUAGCUUUAUAUGCAGUGAUUUAAACUUACUGGUCUUGAAUAUUGUAUAGUGAUUCUGUUUAUUUAAUAUUUCUGUUAUAGAGAAAUUAUUAUAUAGUAGCUGUUCCUUUCCCUAUUUUGUAACACUUGAUUCUCACAUGACUGCAUCAAGCCAAAUUCCCAUUGGCAGUCAUUACGUCAGUUUGUUUUUCUUAUCAUUUGAGGGAGUACUUAAUUUAUCUUCAUCUAAAGUUAACAUUUAGGGGUCCAAAUCUUAUAUGUUAAUGCUUCUCAGCAGGACUUGUGCAUGGAAUUAGAUUUUUUUUCUUGAAAUAUAUCCCUCAAGGUCUGUUUAAUGAUCAGCCAAUUAACCCUUUCACACAUUACAGACUGUACUGGCCGUGCAGCGUAGUUGUGACCCAACAUAAUAUUAUCUUAGCACAGCCGUUUUUGUAAUUAAUUUACCAUAUUUCUUCUUUAAUCAUAUUUGAAAUGUAAAUAGAAUAUCUCAAUGUAAUUUAUGCUAAAUACACAUGUCUUUCCAUUA